AUGAUGCGUCGCAUGGGCACAGCGAGCGAGUGGUUUCCACCGCCGGGCGACGCCAAUGAGCAGUUCUGGCAGGGCGCGAACGGCGACGCCGCCGGGGCGGGCAACGGAAACGGAGCGGCGGACGAGGAGCAGGAGGGUGCAGCGGGCAGCGGCGGGCCGUACACUGGGUACGUGCCGAAUCCGACGGGCACGAACCACCAACUGCCGGUGAUCGUGCAAUUCCACGAGGGCGCGUUCGUGACCGGCAGCAAGGACUCCGCCUGCAACGACACCUUCUGCCGACGACUCGCACGGGUGUGCAACGCGAUCGUGGUGGCGGUGGGGUACCGGCUAGCGCCGGAGCACAAGUGUCCGGCGGCGUACGACGACGGGUACGAGGUGCUCAAGUGGCUGUCGCGCCAGGCCAUCCUCGCUGACGCCGAGGCCGACGGCGGAGAAGUGGGAGCGGGGGAUGAGAUGAGGGGGUUGACAACGCGGCUGGUGCAGGAGCUACCAGACCCUUGGCUCGCCGCACACGCUGAUGUGCACAGGUGCAUUCUCCUGGGUGUGAGUGCGGGUGCCAACGUGGCAGACCAGGUGGCACGGCGCUGCGUCACACCGCACGGGGUGAACGAGCUGCAGCCACUGGUGGUUCUCGGGCAGGUGCUGCUGUACCCUCUAUUCGCGGGGUCCAUGCCGACGCCGAGCGAGAUGAAGGCGCGGGACGCCUACUUCUUUGACAAGCCCACGUGUGAGCUCGUCUUCCGCCUCUUCCUGCCUGACGACGACUUCUCCCUGGACCACCCGGCGGUGAACCCGCUGCUGCGCGAGCACCUGCCUCCGGGCAUGCCGCCGACGCUGCUGGUGGUGGCGGACCACGACAUCCUCACCGACCGCGCCAUCGCCUACUCCGUCUUCCUCAAAAACUUCGGCAUCGACGUGCAGGUGAACAGCUACAAGGACGUGGUGCAUGGGUUUGCAACAUACGAGGGCAUGGUGAACACGCCACAGGCAGAGGCAUGUGCAGAGGACAUAGCGAUGGCCUUGAGCCGGGUGACUCAACCAGGAGGACCGGAGAAGAGGCUUGCUCGUCGCCGAAGCUGGUUCCAGCUAACUGGGAACUUCUACCGGCUUAUUGGCGCCAGUGCGUCCGUCUCCACGCCCACCGUCACCCGCUUGCCUCUCGCGCGCCCGUCGCCGCCCGCCAAGGUCAGGUUCAUGGAUACCGGGGCUUCUCCCCCCGCAACUGUCACGGCGGCCGAUAUUGGCGAUGCGGACCGACUACAGGAGUGGUUGGAGGCGCGGUUGCCGGGCGGCAAGGCGGUGCUGGAGCGGUGGGGCAGUGAGCGGGGCACGAAGCGCGUGGCGAAUCUGUGGCAGGAGCUGGUUGACGGCGAGGUGUGCCUGGUGGACUCGCGCCCGCCGCUGCGCAAGGUGAGCGUGGCGAGCGUGCACGUGCGGCACGCUCGUACGGGCAAGGUGCUGCUGGAGGCGAUGCAGGAGAUGGGGGACGGAACGGUGCGCGCGAGGAACCGCCCGCUGUCGGAGAAGAUGCGCCCCGCGGAGAACCCCCUGGACGCGUGCCGGCGCGGUAUUCUCGAGGAGCUGGGCGAGGACCUCGGGGCGAGCCACCGCGUGUCGGUGCUGGCGGACACGCUGCGGCGGCAGGUGGAGGAGCGCGAGUCGUUCUCGUACCCCGGGCUGCGGUCCCAGUACGAGAUUCACGUGGUGGAGGCCGUGGUGGAGGGCCUGCCGGAAGCGAGCUUUUGUACGGUGGAGAACGAGGGGCAGGCGAAGAGCAGCAGUAAGGUCCACAGGUGCGCCGCUGUCAGCGGCGAAGGGCCCUGCAUGUGGGCUGGCAGUGACAGUGGCGAGCCUAGGCCCAGGCCAUGCGGGCGUGGGGCAGGAGCAGGUGCAGGGGGGGUGAGCAAGGGGGCUGCAGGGCAGGGGGUGAAUGGAGGGGUUUGUUUCAGUGAGGGCGAGGGGCUGGGCAGUGGAAGUGAUGGUGAGCAGCGUGCGCUGGGCGUGAAGAGGCACUUUUGGGUGUGGACGGACACAAGGUGA